CUGCAAUUUUUCAUUCAGCAGUGUGAUAUUGCCAUGUCGGAGGUUCAUCCUCGUGCGGGGAAGCGAAAACUGGAAGAGGAUUGUUUAGCGACGGAAGGUCAUGGAGUAGAAAAGCCAUUUCAGUAUGUUAUUAAAACUUUCAUUGGUAAGGAUGGAGAAGAAUACUACGAUUCUGAUGAUGAUGAGAUUAGAUAUGCAGAUGGCGGCAGGGUGAGCGUCCGACAUCAGAAAGAGUACUACAGGCAGAUCCGGGAGAGCGAGGGUUUUGAUAUCACUCUAGAUUUGGAAUUGGUAAACGUAUUUGUGCUUCUUUUAUGACACAACGGGGUGAGGAGAAGGACCCAUUAUUUCUUCAACUCUCCCACAAAGCCAUUGAACAUUUCAAUUCAGAGCAUAAUACAAAUUACAAAUUUGUGGAAAUCGUAACUUUGAACACGUCACCUGCUGCUGGUAUAUGGUGUUAUAUCACCUUUCUAGCCACAGAUUCUGAUGAUUCCAAUGCUGCAAAGACCUUUCAAGCUUUGGUAUGGCGUGGAAUAAAUAAAAAGAUAGAAGUGAUAUUUUGCAGGCUUAAGAAACAAGGUGAUAAAAAACCUCUUGAUUCUGAUAUUGAUGUCAAAGCUACGCAGUGAGCUUGCCAUUUCUUUAAGCUACCAGCGGUUAUUAUUUGUGGUUUAUUAUUACAACAUGAAAAAGGUGUUGGUAUUUUUCAUAUACUCUUGCAGUUCAAUGAAUGGUUAUUUGUGUUUUUAACUAACAUUAUCACUUCCG